CCGCAUCUGCCGCGGAUUCCACCAUUUUACAUCCAUCGAGUAUCUCGUGCACACAGAAAGAUAUUUCGACGAGGAAGCGCGUCAUUUGCAAUAAUUAACAAUUAAGUUUCUAUACUUCUACAUACUAGAAGUACCGAAGUUUAACAUAUCUACUUGACUCUUUCGGGUCAUCGUCGGUAAGCUGUAAUCAUGAGUUACGGAUACAACAAAUAUAGUUCAAGCAUGAGCUCAAGAGGAAGAGGCUUCAGUUCGCGCGGCGGUAGUUCGUAUCGAGGACGUGGGGGUGGAGGAGAUUGGGGCGGAGGUUCAACGACAGGGAUGGGAAGCAGAGGAGGUGGAGGCUAUUCCACAUCCAGAGGAAGAUUCAAUUACUCCACUCCAAGUUAUGAUUCAAGAUCAAAAUAUGCCUCUGGUGGAGGAUCUGAGCGAUACUCAAGCCGGGGAGGAAGAGGCGAUAAUUCUAACAGCUACAAGCGAAGCAGUCGUGACUCUUAUUCUGGCAGAGAUGAACAUAGAUCGUCGAGCGAAUCCAAUCGUAAAAGACUGAGGACUGAUUCGUAUCAGGGAGGUGGUAGCGGUGGGAGUUCGCAGAGGUACUCAUCGUCAUACGGUGGCUCGUCUGCUGCACCAACUUACGAUGACAACAAGAGAUCGUCAUCGUCAAGUGUAUACGAGGAUGGGGGCAAGAGGCCAAGUGAUCGAGCCUCGACGUAUCAUCGAUCUGAAGAGCGUCAUUCAGCCUCGCGUGGGUAUGCACCUCCGCCACCCUCUCGAAAGAGCCAGAUGCCGCCCCCUUCAGCGCCGCGAUACAGUACCCCGAGUCGUGGUCGAAUAUCACACCAAUCCGGUGGAUACAGGGGACGCAUUUCGACCCGAGGAGGUAGGGGCUUUCAUCGUAUCAGCUCUAGAUCUGAUGCAAUUUUGGCUCGCAAGCGAACUCUGCAGUCUCUUGAUUAUCGUCGCAAGCUGAUGGCAUCAAGGUCUCGAGACUACAUUCAACGAGUCCGCAUGACGUCGACAAAGAUACGCAGGAGUAGCGGUACUACUAGGGUUUCCGGAGGUAAAAAGGAUUCUUCGGUGGGCUCCAGUGUUAAGGACAAGGACAGAGAGAUGGCCAAAGCUAUCAAUGCCGCAUUCUCAGACGAUGACGAUGAUGAUGACGACAAGAGCAACUGGGACGACGAUGAAAAGAAUCCGGAACAUGAUGAAGAUGAGGAAGAAGAGGCAGAGGAAAAGAAGAAAAAAGAAGAGAAGAGAAAAAAGGAGAAACUGGACCGAGAAAGAGAGAGACCAAACACCGAAGAUGAGGAGGAUAAAGAAGAAGAAGAGGAAAAGGAGGAUGAUGAUGAUGGAAAGCAUCAGCAGGAAGAACAAGACGAAGUAGAGGAUGAUGAGGGUGAUGAGGAAGACAAGGAAGGUCAUGGACGAGGGGUUGCCACAGACGAACCUGUUCGACGUGCAGACGGAAGGCGGUUCAUCAAGUUAAACUGUCCACAUUGUGCUCAUCGCAGCAUAACUUUCAAGGAAUAUUCUCUCCAUCUCUACUCCGGGCGCCAUAAUGCGGCCAUGCGACGCGUUGCUGCUCGACAUAAGGCCGCACUAGCUCGAAUGCGUGUUAUCCAGCGACAGGAACAACGGCGUGUAGAAGCGAGGGACGCGCAACGCGGAACUUUGCCUUCGAGGACGAUGUUCUGUCCGAUUUGUAAACUGAAUUAUCGAUCGCUGAAGGCGGUGCAUCAGUUGUCAGAUUCUCAUCGUCAAAUGAAGAGUUUUCUAACACCGUUUUGCCGCGUUUGCAGGAUCCAGUUCCGAUCACCUAUGCUUUACGAAAGUCACGUUUGCACCCUCGACCACAUCAAGAGAAAGAGUGUUCUAGACGAAAGAAUUGGUAAUGGAGGUGUGGAUGCUGCCGAGGGAGAAGGAGAGUCCAGUGGUCCUGAUGACGAUGAUAAGGAAGUCAACUUGGACAACUUCAUGACAUUAGAUUCAGUCGGAGACGUAGAUGCUGAAGAAAACGAAGAAGCUGCGGAAAAAAAGAAAAAAGAAAAACCAGAGGGCGAAGCAGUCGGAGAUGGUGAAAAGAAACCCAAGAACAAGCAGAUGAUUAAAGUUGGAGCUGAAUACAUAAAGCGAGUCGAAGUGCAAUUUUGUGAAUUAUGCAAAGUUUACUUGCCACGAAGCGACAACGGAGAGCAAGCUGUUGCGCUUCAUUGCUCCACGCGAAGUCACUUAAAGCGGUACGUUCGUGAUAAUGACGACAAAGCAUUACGACGUCAGGCGGAACGGAUUCAUCUACAAACUUCCUCUUCUGUCAAUGUGAGUUUAACUUCAAACACGUCGACAUCUACUGAAGGCGUUAAAAGUGAAACUGCAAAUAAUGCUACGGCACCUUCGGCUACCGGUGCAAAUGCCGUAUCUCCGGGUAAUGCGAUAAAUGCCGACGGAGCUAAACCUGAUCACAGAGGAUCUGCUGACAUGGAAAAAACCGCUAAAGUAGUUGACAAAGAUGUGGCGGGUGAAGAGGACGACGACGAUGAAUACCAAGGGGACAGCACAGACAAGAUUUGGGACGACGUUGACAAAGAUUUAGGUGACAUUUUGCAAGAAGUUGAACCCGGGACGAAAUCAAGUGACGACGAAGAUUCGCGAUACGACCGUUUCCGUAAUUCCGAAAAAAAAUUACACAGUAAGGAGAAAGAACGGGAAAGGGAAGCUAAUGAAAAAGAGGGAGACGAGAAAGAAAUAAUAACGGCUAAAAAGUCCGAAACAAAGGUAAAACUCGAAAAGGUAGAAAAAUAAGUGAAAGUAAAUUUUGACGAGCGAU